GCCGCUUUUUCUCCGCAGGACUUUGAGCACCCUUCGCCGCCAAGAUGCCGCGGAUUAUGAUUAAAGGCGGCGUGUGGCGGAACACCGAGGAUGAAAUUCUGAAAGCAGCUGUGAUGAAAUAUGGCAAAAACCAGUGGUCUCGUAUUGCUUCUUUAUUGCAUAGGAAAUCAGCAAAGCAGUGCAAAGCCAGAUGGUAUGAAUGGCUCGACCCGAGCAUCAAAAAGACAGAGUGGUCACGAGAAGAAGAAGAGAAGCUGCUGCACCUGGCCAAGCUAAUGCCAACCCAGUGGAGAACCAUUGCCCCAAUUAUUGGGAGAACUGCUGCACAGUGUUUGGAACACUAUGAAUUUCUGCUGGACAAAGCUGCUCAGAGAGACAAUGAGGAAGAAACUGCUGAUGAUCCUCGGAAACUUAAACCUGGAGAAAUUGAUCCAAAUCCAGAAACCAAACCAGCCAGGCCAGAUCCUAUUGACAUGGAUGAAGAUGAACUUGAAAUGCUGUCUGAAGCUAGAGCUCGUCUGGCUAAUACACAGGGCAAGAAGGCCAAAAGAAAGGCAAGAGAGAAGCAGCUGGAAGAAGCUAGACGGCUUGCGGCUCUCCAGAAAAGGCGAGAACUUCGAGCUGCUGGAAUUGAGAUCCAGAAGAAAAGAAAAAAGAAGAGAGGUGUGGAUUAUAAUGCAGAAAUUCCUUUUGAAAAGAAACCUGCCCCUGGGUUUUAUGAUACAUCAGAGGAAAACUACCAGUCCCUGGAUGCAGAUUUCAGGAAGCUACGUCAGCAAGACCUGGAUGGAGAAUUAAGAUCGUAA